AUGGUGUUGGAGUCUUGCUUGGCCAUGAGUCGUUUCACUCUGGUUGGGUUGGUGUGUUACAAGACAGUGGAGACAUAUGUCAACAACUCCUUCCAGUACCUCACUGACACAAACACAGACACAGACACAGACACAGCAACAGCCACAGCAUCAAAGCCUAGCUACCAGAUCAGUUCCAAGGUGGUAACAGCUCUCGUCAGUAACCCAGCAACAGAACACCUCGCCCAGCCUGUCAUCCUCACCUUCAAACAUCUACAGGUGAGGGCGGAGUCAGCGGAGAUGAACUAUACCUGUGUGUUCUGGUCGGAGGGGCGUGUCCAGGAAGAGGAAGGGGCGUGGUCAAGGCGUGGCUGUACUAAAGUCAUGUCUAACGCUACACACACCGUGUGUUCCUGUUCCCACCUGAGCAGCUUUGCUGUUCUCAUGGCCCUCUACCCUGUAAAGCACACCUUUGAGCUGCGUCUGUUGACGUGGCUGGGUCUGUCGGUGUCUGUGGUGUGUCUGUUGCUGUGCACCCUGACCUUCUGGCUGUGUCGGUCCAUCCAGGGGACACGCACCACCAUCCACCUCCACCUCUGUGUCUGCCUCUUCAUCGCUGACAUCGUCUUCCUCGCCGGCAUCUCUCACACACAGAGCAAGGGAGGAUGUAGGGUUGUAGCAGGUCUCCUCCACCUGUCCUUCCUAGGAUCCUUCAGUUGGAUGUUGUUAGAGGGGGUUCAGCUCUAUCUCAUGGUGGUCCUGGUCUUCAACACUACCAUAAGACCUCUGUACCUGUAUGCUGUGGGAUAUGGACUGCCACUGGUUGUUGUCAUCAUCUCUGCUAUCACCUACCCAGAUGGAUACGGUACCACACAACACUGUUGGUUGUCUCUGGAGAGAGGAUUCAUCUGGAGUUUCUUCGGCCCAGUGUGCACCAUCAUCAUUCUCAACGUUUUCUUCUUCAUCAUCACUGUCUGGAGGCUGGCCCAGAAGUUCUCUAGUCUCAACCCUGACCUCUCCAACCUACGCAAGAUCAAGGUGUUCACAGUGACAGCAGUGGCCCAGCUGUGUGUGUUGGGUACUAUGUGGAUAUUUGGAGUGUUCCAGUUCCAAGAGGAGGGGACAGUGGUCAUGACAUAUCUCUUCACUAUCCUCAACUCUCUACAGGGAGCACUGCUGUUCAUCAUGCACUGCCUACUGAACAAAACGGUUAGAGAGGAGUAUUGCAAGCUCCUGUCUUGUAUCUGCACACCACUGAAAAAGAGAUACUCAGAGGUCAGCACUACCAACCGUUCCUCCAGCCAAUCCCAGGGGUCAAGGAGCGCCACGAACACGGGGUAG